AUGACUUCCACAACUACUAUUUUCGUUUCCGGUGCUAACGGAUAUAUUGCUCAACACAUAGUUAAGCAACUUCUUGAACAGGGACAUACUGUCGUUGGAUCAGUUAGGUCUGCCAACAAGGGAGAGUACCUUAAAGAAUUAACCCAAUCGAACAAGUUUUCCUAUGAAGUAGUUAGUGAUAUCAGUGCACCAGGUGCAUUCGACGACGCACUCAAGAAACACCCCGAUGUUACUGUAUUUAUUCAUACUGCCUCCCCAGUGACAUUCCAAGCUGAUGAUAUCGAACGGGAUAUCAUCCUCCCUGCCAUCCAAGGAACCAAGAAUGCCCUUACCGCAAUCAAAACCUAUGCUCCUCAAGUUGGUCGAGUUGUCAUCACUUCUUCCUUGGGUGCUGUUUUUGGGUUUGAUGAAUAUUUCGAAAAGGAUAAGGUUUAUGAUGAAGAUAGUUGGAAUCCAAUCAAAUACAAAGAAAGUUUACUCAAUGCUAGGAAUGGAUACUAUGGAUCGAAGAAGUUUGCUGAAUUGGCCGCGGUUGAAUUCGUAGAGAAUGAGAAGCCAAAGUUUGCUAUCUCAUUCGUUAAUCCCCUGUUCGUCUUUGGUCCUCAGGCUUAUGCCAUCAAGGAUAAGAACCAAUUAAACUUGUCGGCUGAGGUUGUCAACAAGGUUUUGAAGUUAAAACCUACCGAUAAUAUCCCAGUGUUUGCUGGUAGAUUCGUUGAUGUUAGAGAUGUCGCUCGGGCACACCUUAUUGCUUUUGAAAAGGAUGAAGCUAUUAAUAAGAGAUUAUUGAUGAUUACCAGUCUUGCUAGUAAUGAACAGAUUGCUUAUUAUAUCAACAGACAUUUCCCCGAGUUGCCUAUUCCAAGAGGUGACUUGAAGAAGAGUGAAGAACAACUCAAGGGUUCUCACAAGUAUGACAAUUCAAGAACUAAAGCCCUUGUUGGAUUUGACUUUAUCUCUCUUGAAGAUUCAGUUGUUGAUUCAGUUCAACAAGUUUUAGAUACAAAGUAG